AUUUGCAGCAGGGUUGGUUGUAGGGGCGGCUGUUGAUGUAGCUAUCAGAAGUCAGACAGCGCAGACAGCACCUAACAGGUAACAAUGCAGUUCCUUGGCCGGCUGCUGGACACAGUCUCAUCGGUGUCAACCCUCUUCACAAACCCUUACCGGGUCAAAGAUGUACCGCUGUCCGACUAUGGAGGAGGAGGCAAAGAGGUGUUAAAGGAGGAAGGACGCAUAGUCUUGUACAAAAACACACAAUGUCAGUCAUGGGACUGUCUGCUUAUGAACCCUGAAACACCGACUAUGGUUUGGAGGUUGUUCCAGGUGUCAUCUGAGGAGGAUGCCAUGAACUGGUUCCCCCAGUAUGCCCUUAAACUUCGACCCUUCUAUGAGAUACUUUCUCUGAAGGCUGAGACUGUGCAGACAAUCGUGGACUGCAUCCGCAGCCAUCCAGACUGGAGCUCGGCCCACAUCGCUGUGGAAACAGGCCUGCGAGAGUGUCUUAAACAUAACUAUGUUCAGAGUCAGAUCAAUGCUCAGGAUGCAUCAGGUCAGACGCCGUUGCACCUGGCUUGCAAGAGCGGUGACUUGGUGUGUGUGAAGGAACUGCUGGAGGAAAGCCAGGCCCGCACCGAUAUCAAAGACCACAGUGGAGAAACACCUAUUCACUACGCCUCCAAGCAGGAUUCUCCUGUCAUCAUCCAGGCAAUGUGCUCACGGUUGUGCUCAGGGGUGAAUGAGCUGAACAACAACGGAGAGACGCCCCUUCAUGUGGCCUGCCGUUUGGGACGUGUUGAAAACGUUAAAGCCCUGCUUGUGGGUGGGGCCAAGUGUGAUGUCAUUGGUAAUAAAGGAUACCCUAUCCACACUGCCAUGAAGUAUAGUGAAAAAGGAUGUGUGGAAGAGAUCCUCAAAGCAGACCCGAGUCAGCUCCAAGCUGAGGACUCUGUGUAUGGAGGGACACCCCUCCACUGGACCAAAACUGCUGAGAUGUGCCGUUUGCUACUUGACCAUAGCUGUGAAGUGAACUACCUCAGUAAGACAGGAGAGAGUCCCCUGCAUAUUUUGACUAAGAAACACCGUUUUGAAGCAUCCAUGGUGUUACUCACUCAUGGGGCAGAUGCCAACUUGAAGGGUCAGGAUGGAAACACAGCCCUUCACCUAGCUAUGAAGAUGGAUCACAUAGAUUUGAUCAAAGCUCUGAUUGUUUUUGGGGCUGAUGUGGAAAUCCACAAUGACCUGGGAGAAACACCAGGACUCAUCGCUGCACGCACUAGCAAAGGUCCUAAUAGAAAGAUACUGCUGGACAUGCUGUGUAGUGUAGGAGUUCAGCGUUGCCAUCCUCCCUCCCCUGGCAGUCCUCCUCCCAUCUCCAACAAGACCAGGCCUCAAGGCAUAGGGUUUGACGAUAUCAUGUAUGUGGGGGCUGCAAUGGGUGCAAUUAACCGAGGCCUAACAGAAAUUGAUAGCCCUAAAAUGGAGAAAAGAAAGAUGGACAGGCUGCUGUGUCUGGAUGGUGGGGGUAUUAAAGGCCUGGUGUUGAUCCAGAUGUUGAUCGCUCUGGAGAGAGAGGCGGGUCGACCCACCAGAGAGCUGUUCGACUGGAUAGCUGGCACAAGCACGGGAGGAAUCCUCGCUCUUGCCAUAAUCCAUGGGAAGUCCAUGGAGUACUUACGCUGCUUAUACUUCAGGAUGAAAGAGCAAGUAUUCAAAGGGUCAAGACCUUAUGAAACAAUGCCACUGGAGGAUUUCCUCAAGAACGAAUUUGGAGAAAACACUAAAAUGACAGACAUCCAGUACCCGAGGGUGAUGGUGACCAGUGUCUUAGCUGACAGACAUCCAGGCGAGCUACACAUCUUCAGGAACUACAACCCCCCAUCCGUCCGCAGAGAGCCCCCAUACACCACUGCUGCCACCUUUAUGCCUCUUACUAUCCCACAGGGAUGGGAGGAUGAGGAUGUGUUGAUAGUAGGAUACACAGAAGAGCCACCCAGAAAGCGUAGGAAGGUGACAGAUGAAGAACAACUGGUGUGGAGAGCCGCUCGCUCCAGUGGUGCUGCUCCUACCUACUUCCGACCAAUGGGUCGCUUUCUGGAUGGAGGGCUGCUGGCGAAUAACCCAACACUAGACGCCAUGACAGAGAUCCACCAAUACAACAAGGGCUUAAAGGCUGAGGGCUAUCAGAAGGACACCAAUAAGUUGGGUAUAGUCGUCUCUCUUGGUACAGGUAAACCCCCUCAGGUGGUGGUGAACUCUGUGGAUGUUUUCCGUCCCUCCAACCCUCUGGAGCUGGCCAAGUCUUUUGUAGGAGCAAAGGAGCUGGGCAAAAUGCUGGUAGAUUGUUGUACAGACUCUGACGGCUGUGCAGUGGACAGGGCCAGAGCCUGGUGUGAAAUGAUCGACACCAUCUACCACAGGCUGAGUCCUCAGCUGUCUCAGGAGGUGAUGCUGGACGAGGUGAGCGACGCGGUUCUGGUGGACAUGCUGUGGGAAACCCAGAUGUACCUGUAUGAGAAGAGGGAGGUCCUCCAGUCUUUAGCAAAAACACUACUGGACAACUAAAAGUGCAAGUAAAUCACAGCAGCGCUGCAAGAAUGAACUAUUAAGUGGAGGAGAUACUAAGAUUCAUGAGCCAAGUGGCCGCUUGACAUGUCUGCCUUGAUUUGAUGUUUUUUUUUUUUUUUUUUUUUUUUUUUUUUUUAUAUAAAUAAAUAACAGUGACCUCAAUAUUUAAACUUAAAUGAGUGUUCAGUAGCAGAUGUUUGAAACAUGGGCACUAAAAACUAGCACAGGAAAUGGCUUAAUACUGAUUUAUUGAAAGGUCAGGCUAUGUAGCAUCAUGCGACCCUACCACUGAUAUUUUCUCUGCUGUGUUUAUCGGGUGUGAUGUUUGUUUUUAACCCUUUGAAGCACAAUUUGUAGAGCUUUCCCUUCUUUGACCUCUGCACACAGUAGGACAUGUCAAAGAAAGUGAAACUGAAAUGAACUGAAGUAGCACACAUGCUCACUGUAACAGUGUUAGCUAACCGUCAUCCUCCUCUUUACUGUGUUGGGAUACUUUUGAAGUUCCCAGUUUAGUGGAAUAAAACUGUAACUCUGCCCUUUGUUCCUUCUUCCCGUGUCUCUACUUUUUCACCAAAGCAACCACAAAGCCACUUAAUAUCGACAUUGUCUCGAAGGCCAUUGGAUCAAAGGGAACCCUCCAGUACCAGUAAAUCUGUGUCACUCUGUAGUGCCGCUUGGAUGAAGAUGAUGAUAAUGAAGAGCCUGUGCUGCCUUGUUUCUGUACCAUUUCCUUCCUUCUUUCUGCAGCUUGUUAAAACCUUUCUAAAUUAUUUAUACUGACUUUAAAAACUAUACGUAGCCUGACAAAUAACAUGCACAUUCCCCACUGUUGCACUUCAGUGUUUGUAACUGUUUUUUGUCUUGAGCCUGUAUUUAUCAUGUAUUGUUAUAACUGGAGCGAUGAAGGUUUAGCGUUGUCGGUUGUCAACCUAACUUGAAGAACAAAUGAACCUGAGACCUGCUGCUACUUUCGCUAUACGAACAAGCAGCCAGUUUUUAUUUCUAUUUUUAUUUUAUUUUACUUUUUUUUGUAUUUGACUUAAUAACUGAUGUGUAUAAUAGUAUAGCAAUAAAUGAACUAUUUACACAAAGAUUGUACUAAA